UAUGUGAUCGCGAUCGGAUCAUAUGAUUCGCACACGCGCGAAUUGCGCUGCCGUGCGCGAAUUUCUCUGCAAUUUUUUUAUCUCCGAAAUUUGAAAUUAUGCAGAGUCUGACCAGGUGCUCGAGGCGGCACUAUGUUGCAUUCAGCCGGAUAUUUAAUUUUCCACCGAAAAAUGUUUAUCUCCCGAGGGAGAGGAGCCUGCUUGACGUCAAGCACUCGAGUUGCGCGCAUAGGUUAUCUCUCCCCGUGUCUUAUCACGCCUACAAGAAGAUACGUAAGGAAAUUCAUGCCAUACAAACUGCUUUUUUGCGUGGCAGCAGAUUUACCUUUUCUCCAAGAUUUGAUAAUGUCAGAUAUUUUAAUACAACGUGUAGUAAGUUCAAUAAGCAAUCUUCAAAGGAAUCAGGUCCUGAAAAGUCGGAUAAGGAGCCUGGUAAUGAUGAAGAGAUGAAAGCAUUUCUUCGUAAGCUCUCCAUGUGGUUUAUACUAUUAUAUGUUUUCUUAAUCGCAUUGAGGUAUCAGAUAGACACAUCAAGUACAGAACCUGCAGCUUCUGUCUCCUGGAAUGAAUUUGUGUAUCAUAUGCUGAGUAAAGGAGAAGUUGAAGCAAUUAUUGUGAAUCCCAAUAUUGAUUUUGUUAUAAUUGUGGUACAUGAUGGUGCCAUUAUCAAGGGAAGAAGGAGUCCAUAUAAAAGAUAUCAUAUGGUUGUUCCAAACAUUGAACAUUUCGAAGAAAAGUUGAGGAAAGUGGAGAAAGGUCUUGGUAUCAGGGCUGGUCAAGGCGUACAAGUGAUUUACGAAAGGAAAAUAGGAUAUAUAGCGAGUAUCCUAAGUUUCUUGCUUUUCUCGUUGCUGGCUUUUGGUAUCUUCGCUUUCAUGAGAAAACGUUUCUCUUUCAAACCCUUUGAGAUUAUUUCGCAGAUGAAACAAGCAAAGUUCACGUUGGUCGAGCCGUUAAUGGGAAAGGGCAAGGGUGUACACUUCUCGGAUGUAGCAGGAUUAAAGGAAGCUAAGAUAGAAGUGAUGGAAUUUGUUGAUUAUCUAAAACAUCCAGAACGUUACAAGGUACUUGGUGCUAAAGUGCCACAAGGUGCCUUGCUUCUGGGACCUCCUGGUUGCGGUAAAACGUUAUUAGCUAAAGCUGUGGCGACUGAAGCAAGUGUUCCCUUCCUAUCCAUGAAUGGUUCUGAAUUUAUCGAAGUUUUCGGUGGUUUGGGUGCGGCUCGAGUUAGAGAUCUAUUCAAGGAGGCGAAAAAAAGAGCACCCAGUAUUAUAUACAUCGACGAGAUUGAUGCAAUUGGCAGAAAACGUUCAGACAGCGCGCUUGGAAUUUCCAACAGCGAGUCCGAACGAACGUUGAAUCAGCUUUUAGUAGAAAUGGAUGGAAUGAUAGCAAAGGAGGAUGUUAUUAUAUUGGCUUCGACGAACAGGGCGGACGUACUGGAUAAGGCGUUACUAAGACCUGGUAGAUUUGACAGACACAUUCUGAUCGAUCUUCCUACUUUAGAGGAGAGGCAACAAAUCUUUGAGACUCACCUCAAGAAGAUAUCUUUACGAAGCGACCCUUCGAAAUAUUCGGGAUACUUGGCUUAUCUUACACCGGGAUUUAGCGGUGCUGAUAUCGCGAACGUUUGCAACGAAGCAGCGUUGCACGCCGCGAGGGACAAGAAAAAGCAGGUCGACAGCAGCGAUCUCAUGUACGCGAUCGACAGAACGAUCGGUGGCUUGACGAAGAGAAACAAUCCGUUGACUCCAUCCACGAAACGUGUCGUCGCCUACCACGAGGCCGGUCACGCGCUAGUAGGCUGGUUGCUGGAACACACAGACGCGUUGCUCAAAGUAACGAUAGUACCGCGAACUAAUCUCAGUCUGGGAUUCGCGCAAUACACUCAAUCCGAUCAGAAGCUCCACAGUGAAGAGGAGCUCUUCGAGCGAAUGUGCAUGAUGCUGGGUGGUCGAGUAGCAGAAUACAUAACGUUCGACAAGAUCUCGACGGGCGCCGAAAACGACUUGAAGAAGGUGACGAAAACGGCGUAUCUUCAGGUCCAACAAUUUGGCAUGAGUCCGGCCGUGGGUUUGGUUUCUUUCAAUGAAGAAGCUACUGACCCGAAAAAUAAAAAACCAUAUAGUAGAAAGUUGGCGAAUCUAAUGGAUGCGGAAGUGAGGAGAAUAAUAGGAGAAGCAUACGAACGAACUCGACAAUUACUUUUGGACAACAAAGAUAAAUUAGAUAAACUCGCGGAAGCUCUCUUAGAAAAGGAAACAUUAACAUAUGAUGACGUAGAGAAGUUAAUCGGGCCGCCGCCGUUUGGGAAGAAACGACUUAUAGAACCAGCAGAAUUUGAAAAAUCUGGUCCAGAGAAUCCUAGAGAAUCCCCGUCGAUAGACAGAGCAACAGUAUAGUGAAAUACUAUAUUAAAAUAUGUUUUUGUAGAUAUUUAUACUGUACAAAGGUUGAUAUAAUAUAAAAUAUCAAUAUUGACAAUUCAA